AUGAUCUCGUUUAGGAAGAAGGACACCCGACAGAAAAAUUCAAACGAGGAAGAAUCUGUGGAGAAAAAGUCCGGCAAACUGAGUAUUCGUAAAAGGAACUCUGACGAAGAAUAUUCUCACGAACGAGACUCUCAUAAGCGGAAAUCUGAUGGAAAUCGUCGUCGUAAAAAGGAUCGUCUUGAAAAAAGUUCUUCCGAAUCGUGGAGUUUAACGGAUGAAAGCGAUUCCUCCGACUCGAGUUCUGCCAGUUCCUCUGAUAAAUCUAAUAAGAAACACCAGAAACACCGUGAAUCUAAUUCCACAGAUAGAAAAAAGAAAGAUGAUUCGCAGUACAGGAAACUGUACGAAUGGAACAGACGUAGGUAUUUGGAAUGGAAGAGAAAGAUAGACUUGAAGAAGAAAAUAAUAAAAGCAAAGAAAAACUUAGAUACGGAUAAAUUAAUGAGCAUUUGUAAUAUAUUAGAAGAUAGCGAUCAGCAUGAAGAUCAAAUAAGAAAAUGUGUAAAAGAUUAUUUGUCUACGAAAGAUGAAUUUAAUUUUGUAACAGAUCUGUCGUUGAUUCGUCUCCUAUCGUCUGACGAGAAUAAAGUUAAUAAGUCUGUAGAGAUAGAAAAUGAAAGUGGUUUUGAAAUAAAAGUUUUAAUUGAAGAUGAUUCACAACCUGGUGAAGAUUCGAAACAAGCUGAAACUGUGAUCAAAACGAUUGAUAAAGUAAUCAAUGGCGGUGGAAUUUGGAAAGAAAUAGAAACUGUCAACGUAACGGAUGAUGAACAAGCAGCUGUUGACGGAGACAAUGGUUCCGAUAAGGAAGAAAAAUUACCCGGUAAAAGCAAGACAAACACAGCUGAAGCAACUGGUAAAGGACAAGCAACAAACUCUACUUUUCGACAACAUAAAGUUAUUUCAGCGGGUGGACAGGAAGUAGUGAUAGAAUCUGGUUCAAACUCAGGAUCAGUUGUAGUUGAAGGAGGAAUCAGAAUUUCGGGCAACACCGAGACAGGAAAGGCAAACGCGAGAAAUUCCAAGGAUGCUGCGAACGAAUCAGGGGACUCAAACGCUCAUGAAUCUGCAACAUCAAAAUCCGAAAAGGCAACUUCUCGAUCAGCUUCGCAAAGCGAAGCUUCUAGAGAAUCAGAAAAUCAACGUACAACCGAACCUUCCAGUUCUAAAUCAAAAACAGCUAUUGAUGACGCUCCCUCCAGCAACGAUCGUGCUACGAUUAGACCAAAUAACUCUUUAGGUGAAAGUUCACCAUCUAGCGGUGGUGCCAGCGGAUCAGAGGAUUCGAAUAUUAACGAAUCAUCAACUGUGGCAUCUCGACAAACAACUUUAAGGGCUCGACAAACAACGUCACGAGGUCAACAGGCAGCUUCUCAAUUAGCUUCACAAACUGGAGCAUCCAGAACCUCAGAAAAUGAGCAGACAACUGAAGCUUCUAGCUCCAAAUCUGAAACGGUUGUCAGUGAUAAUUCAUCCAGCAAUGAUAAUAACACGGAUAAACCAAACGAUGCUUCGGAUAAGAGCACAGCACCCGGCAAUGAUACAAGUGAAUCGAGAAAAUCAGUUUCACAAACUGGACCGCUGUCUAGAGCAUCGAACAACGUUUCAAACGAAAAAUCUACCACUAAUGCUGGCGAAUCGGGAGAUUCGAGCGUUAGUCGACCAGCGACAUGGGGAGUAACAUCGGUAUCUCGAACGGAAGAUUCUGAAGUAACACGAAGACAACAGGCUAUUGAAUCGUCGACUGUCAAACCAGUUAACAAUGGCAGCGUUACAUCCGAAACAGGCAACGGUGUAGAUAACGGUGAAACAUCCAUCGAUACCAGCAAACAGGCAGAUGCUAGUGCCAGCGAGUCUAGUACAUCGAGGAACGAAGAAAUACGAACGUCUACGACUCGGAGCGUAGAUUCUUCGUCCACGAUGACAUCAUUGCUGGAAAUUUCAAGUACCAAAUCUGAAACUACUACUACCAAUGGCAGUGUCGAUGUUUUCAGUAACGUAGAUGACGGUGUUAAACCUACUGACAGUGCAGAUGCACAAACAGAUUCAAAUACCAGUGAAUCUCCAACAUCGAAGGCUAAAGAAACGACAUCACCUGCUUCUCAAACAAAAAAUUCUGCACAGACAAAUGAAGCAUCGACUUUGAAGCUGAAAACUACUCCUAGCGAUGAUAAUACUGGUCUAUCGAAUAAUGUAGAUAUUACAACUGAUACAAACGAUGUUUCAAAUAAUAGUAGAAGACCUGGCAGUAAUACUGGCAGUAAGGACGAUCAUGCUACAGCGUCGAACGACGAGCAAACAGCAUCAUCUUCGCAACCUGAAACUUCUAAUGUUACAGAUGGACAGCAGGAGAUUGAAACGUCAAAUCAGGAGUCGGAAACAACUCGUGUAAUUACCGAUGGCAAUGAAACGAGUACAAACAGUCCCAAUGGGCAAACGAAACCAAGUGUUAGCGAGUCUUCAACGUCAGAUACAGAAGCAGUUUCUGUUUCUCAAGCUGAAGGAAGUUCUAAUGCGACGCAAACGAUACAGGUGACCGGAACAUGGAACUCCGAUUCAGAAACGACGAGUAAUGCGGAAAAUACAAAUAAUGCAAAGGGUACUUCGAAUAAUAGCGGAAGAUCAACUAGCAGUUCUAAUCGACAAACGGAUUCAAACGAUGAUGAUGGAUCCAUCGCAACAGAAAGCGAAGAAACAACAGCUGCUAGUUCUCAAGUCAAUGGUUCAACUGUAACAGGAGAAAAACAAGGCAGUGAAACAUCAAGUACACAAGCGGAAACCAAUCUUAGUAACGACAGUGCCAACGCUAUUACCGUUACUGGCAAAAAUCCCAAUGUUAUCACUGUGACUGAUGACAGUGCCAAUAAAAGUUCGGACGGCGAUAAUUUAAUCGCAAGUAUUAGUUGGCAAACAGAUUCAAAUGCUCAAACAACAAAUUCGAACGAUAGUAAGACUAGUACGAGAAGCGUGCAGAGAAUAUCUCCCUCUCAAACUGACAAAUCUAUCGUAAGUGGAACAGAACGAUCGACUGAAACAGCGGAUACUCGGACAGCUUCUACCGUCGAAUCUUCUAACGCAUUAGAUGGUUCGAACAUUACGAUUAUUGUUAUUAAUGGUACAGAGAAUGAUGGAACAUCUGCCAGCGUUGAUAGCGAAACAGCAAAUUCUAAUAGCAGUGAAUCAGUAACCGCGAGAGCAGAGAGUGAAACUUCUACCGAUUCAGAUGGAGGACUUGCCACUGAAGAAUCAUCUUUAAAGUCAAAAACUACCCAAACUGAUAAUGAGAUUAAUACAUCGAGCAACAUAGGCGAAACAACUGAAACGGAGACAACUCUAAGUAACGAAGAAACCAUUUCAUCUACCGAUGAAAGUAAUGGGCAAACAGACUCAACCGUUACCGAAUCCACGACUGUAGAAAACGUACGAACAUCGGCAUCUUCCUCUCAAACUGAAGGUGAUUCCAGUGGUCCAGUGGAAACAGAACGGUCGGUUGAAGCAUCCGGUGCUCGAACUGAAGCAGUUGCUACUGACGAAUCUGCCGGUACAUCAAGCGGUUUGAACACUACGAUUGUUGUUAACGAUGCUACAGAUAGCGAAACAUCAACCGGUGCUAAUAGUGCAACAUCAAAGAGCGCCAAUAGCGAAACGACGGAGUCCAGCGCUAGCGAAUCAACAGGUUCUACUGCUAAUGAAUCGACAACAGCAGGAGGAGAAAUAGAUACAUCUUCUCCAAGAAGCGAAACUUCUACCGCGGCAGGUACAGAAGUUGCAACUGAAGAAUCACCUUCGGUGUCAGAAACAACAAUAGCUGAUAGUAACGUUAAUGCAUCGAGCAGUAAUCGUGUGGUAACAGGUGAAACAGACGCUGCUGUAAAUAACGAAGAAACGUCUACCAACGAAAACGAUGUGCAAACAGAUUCAAGUGCUACUGAAUCCAUAACUUUAAAAAGCGCACAAACGACAUUGUCUUCCGCCCAAACCGAAGAGUCUAGCGUAUCCGAAAUAGAACAAUCGACUGAAACGCGGAGCGUCCAAUCCAAAAGAGUUCCUACUAAUAAUAGUAUCGAUAAUAUGUAUAAUAAUAGUAGUACUAGCAGUGGUAUUUCGAAGAUUAACGAAAAAUCAACGACCAGUCUCGGCGAAAUAGAUUCAAGUCCCAGCGAAGCUACAACUUUGGAAAACACUCAAACAGAACCAUCCAUCGUUCAAGCUACCGAUGCCGUUACAAAAGUAGCAUCAACAACUGAAUUGCAAACUCUGCAACUAGAAAUCAUUCUUACUGAUGUCAAUGGCACUGUAUCGGAUUCUUACAUAGUUGUACUUGAUAAAAACAGUAAUAAUACAGAUAGUAUCUUGGAUAUUAUUAACAGAUUACCUAACAGUAGCAGCAAGCAAACAAAUUCAAAAGUUAAUAAAUCUGCUACUUUAGGAGAUGCGGAAAUAUAUAACACACUCGCUUCAGAAGCAGUCCCAUCGGUUCAACCGAAUACCAAUGUAAAACCGGAAUCUCCUAUAGUAGGGAUAAAUUAGAAAUGAUUAGAAGAGAUGUAAAAAUACGUACGUCGAUACCGACGUGUGGUAAAAUUGUAUUAUUAUUCAUUAAAAGUUACUUGGGAUCUCUCGUCGAAUAAUUUACUAAUUAACAAUAUCGGUGAAUCGAUAAAGAAAUAGUUACAGGUUACAGACUUGCCUUUUAUAAUUUCAUGAUUUUACGUACAAUUAUCCUCGAACAGGGUAAUCAGAUAAUUUCUAAUUUGAAGAUUUAUUCGUAAAGAUUUCAUUUGUUUUAUUACGAAACUUGUUCCUUGUUUAAGAGAGUUUAACUUGUGGAUUAUGCGAAACAUCUGUUGGUAGAUACUAAUAAUUUAUAUAAAUGCAUAAAGAGAUCUAAGAGAUAAAAGGAAUUUACCAACGUUUUUAACUGGCAACUUGUGACUUGCAAAAUUUCUCUAAUAAUACUGGUUGAACUCUGUGCAAAAGAUCCCUGAUAGAACGACAUAAACAUUCUUUAAACGUUGAUUUCUAUUCUUAAUAAUACAGAAUCGUUAAAAGAGUUAUCGUUUGAAGGAAAAUACUAUACCGUUAACUAUAUUACGAUAUAAUUAACGAUCGGAAAGAUUAUUCAAAUUUAUUAGGAGUCAGCAAUCAUUAAGAAAACCUUACGUCAUGCAUUUCGGUCAAAUCUUUCAGAUAUUCGUUGAAAAAUGAUGACUUGGUGUAACAUAUAUAAGUAAUAAAGAUCAUAGUUGUAAAGAAAAAAAGCGUAUAAUGUUUGUCAUUUCAUCACAUGAUAUAAGAGAUAAACGGUGACGCUCUGCUGUUGAACGACUUGAUUUAUGGAAUUUACGAUAAUAAAUACCCAAAAUGGUCGUUCCUUUCAACCAUUCGCAGCAAAAUAAUAUCUUGAAAAAUAUUCAUUAGAAUAUUUUACAUUUUAUCAAGAUAAACGAUACUACGUACGAUGAACGAUAAAACGAUACCAAUAUAUCAAGAUAAACGAUACUUUUCUACUUGCUUAUUUUUUCCACUACAAAAUAGCGGUGUAAAGCUUCGAACAGCCUGUAUCGAUUCAUAUAGUUUUAUUAAAAAGCCGAAUUACAAACGUUCGAUAAGUCUGUUAAUUGGCGACUAUUCGCCAAUACGUAUACUCGGAAGUGUCGUCGAAUUUUUGUAAUCUUCUUAUCGCAAUGCUUAAUUACGUAUACGAAACGUAGAACAAUUUGUUUUAAAUAAAAUUUUGUACAAAAGGAAGAAAUACCGACCGCUACAUAGCACUCUUUAGGAUAACGGCGAUUACUAUUUCUAUGUGUACGCGUAUACAUAGUUACAUAUACGCUCGCUUGUACGAUACGAAUAAUUUUUAUACGAAUAAACGAUAUUCCAAUUAAGGAUCUUUACAAAUUUAAAUGCUAAAUAACGAAAAAUGAAAUAAUACAAAAUAAUGAAAAUUAUGAUUUUUCCCGAUCGAACAGC